AUGAAUAAUGUAUACAUUACUACCGAGGCUUGCCGCAAGAGGCCCAGAGAAAGGGACGACGAUGCGGGGUUUGGGCAAGGGCGGAAUAAGUCCAGAUACCGGGUUGAUGAUAUUCCCAACACCAUCGGACCCAGUAGCACCAGUUCGUCCCAGAGGAAGCUCACAUAUACAGAUUACACUGUAGCUUGGAUCUGCGCUCUGCCCAAGGAACGUGCAGCCGCCACGGCGAUGCUCGACUGCAGACACGAAAGCCUUCCACGCCUCCCUGGUGAUACAAACUCCUACAGCUUUGGAAAUAUUGGGCAGCACAAUACUGUUAUCACUUGUUUGCCCUCGGGGUUCCACGGUACUGUCAAUGCGGCAGUAGUAGCAACCAAUCUGGCCAGGAGUUUCCCGCAGAUCGUGAUCAGACUCAUGGUCGGGAUUGGAGGCGGCGUCCCAAACAUUCCCAACAUCGAUAUACGUCUCGGCGAUAUAGUUGUUGGCCAUAAUGUUCUGCAGUACGAUCUAGGGAAGACAACUCACGGAGGCGUAUUCCACUGUACAAGCAGUCCAGUCAAACCUCCCCCAGAGAUGCUGACAGCCGUCUCUGACUUGCGAGCAUGUCAUGAAUAUGAACAAUCGCAGAUCCCAGCCAUUCUUCGAGACGUCUACAGCCGCGUCCCAGGAAUGAAGCAUUACGAAAAUCCUGUUCACUGUCCAGAUCGUCUGUUUGACAGCACCUAUGAACAUGUGCCGAGCAGAGAGAACUGUGACCAAUGCGAUCAGUCUAGGCUUGUCCAACGUCUCCCUCGAGCAAGUAGAGCGCCGCAAAUACAUUACGGAACAAUUGCCUCCGGGAAUAGGGUUAUUAAACAUGCUGAAUCAAGAGAUACCUGGGCAAAAAAGGGUUGUUUAUGCUUCGAGAUGGAGGCCGCGGGCUUGAUUGACCACUUUCCAUGCCUUGUUAUUCGAGGAGUCUGUGACUACUGUGACUCGCACAAAAGCAAAGAGUGGCAAGAGUAUGCAGCAACUACUGCAGCAGCAUAUGCCAAGGAACUUCUUUUGACUAUCCGGCCUGCUUCGUAUCGGAGCCUGGAGUUUAGCACCUCUACACUUAUUCAAAUGGACAGAGAACCAAAUUUAGACGAGAAACUGAGAGAAAAAUUGGAAAAGUUGUAUGAUUCGUUACAAUUUGAUCAAAUGGAUGAUCGUCGCCAACAUAUAAAAAGAGCACAACUUAAGACCUGCAAUUGGCUGCUAGGGACGAAGGAAUACUCUGAUUGGAUGGAGCCGGGAAAGAUUCGACAACAUGGAGGCUUUUUAUGGAUAAAGGGGAAACCUGGGUCUGGAAAGUCGACAAUGAUGAAGUUCCUUCUUGAAAGUAGUUGGAACAAGAAACGAGAUCAAGCAAUUCUUAGUUUCUUCUUCCACGCACGGGGUCAUGACUUGGAAAAAUCAACAGCCGGGCUCUAUCGAUCGAUCCUAUUUCAGAUUCUCGAACAUGACCCCAAACUAAAACUUAUUCUGAAGCCUAAAAGGCAUAUUCGGUAUAUCAGUCAUGAGUCCCCGCCAGAAUGCACAAAUGAGUUGCUAAAAGAGCUAAUUGAGGCAGCAGUUGAGCGUCUGACCUCAUCUGUGGUAUGCUUUAUUGAUGCUCUUGAUGAAUGCAAAGAUGAUGAGGUCCGAGAUAUGGUGGCCUUCUUUGAGCGCUUAGGAGAGCUAGCUAUUACAAACGGGGUCGGGCUCCUCAUAUGCUUUUCAAGUCGUCAUUAUCCUCAUAUCGCAUUAAGAGAAGGAAUCGGGCUUCAACUCAAUCUUGAUGAACAAGAGGACCAUGAAACCGAUAUCGCGGAAUACGUCAAUUGUGAACUAAGAAUAGGACAUAGCAAGCUUGCUCAGGACAUUAAAAACGAGGUUCGAGAGAAAGCUUCUGGGGUAUUUAUGUGGACCGUUCUUGUCGUUAGCAUCUUGAACCGAGAGCGUGGCCGUAUGCAUGUUCUGCGUCAGAAACUUCGAGAGAUACCCCAGAGCUUAAAUGAUCUUUUCUUCGACCUUUUGUCUCGAGGCAGUGGGAAUGAAGAUGAGACACUUCUUUGCUUCCAGUUCAUACUCUUUGCGCAGAGACCUCUAACACCGCAAGAGCUCCAUUUUGCCAUCCUUUCACAAGCCAAGGAUAACAAUCUGGAACCCAAAGACCUGAGUGACGAAGAGUCACGAAUAUUCCUCAUAGAGUGCUCCAAGGGACUAAGCGAAAUCAUAGGGUCCUCCAGGUCUACGGUUCAAUUCAUUCAUGAGUCUGUCAAAGACUUUCUUCUCCAAGAAGAUAGGUUAUAUAACCUGUGGCCCAAACUGGGGAGUAAUCCGAUUGGCAACAGCCACUUACGGCUCAGAGAUGUCUGCCUCAAGUAUAUGUCUUCAAAUUCAGGCGAAUAUAUGAUGUCUCAAAGGACAAAACACCCCCAAGAGGCUGGCUCGAUUUCCCCCUUUCUAGAAUAUGCGACAACGAAUGUCCUGUUCCAUGCAGAAAAAGCAGCAAGCCUUGGAAUUCAACAGCCAGAGUUCAUUUCCAUCUUUCCUAGCCGGCAAUGGAGUCGGUUCCAUAAGAGAAUAUACGGAAAAUCUUAUCCAGAUGAUACACGGAGCCUAUAUAUUCUGUUUGAGAAAGAUACCCCAAAUCUUUUCGCAUCUUACCUUUCUAUUAUGGACUGUAUUGAAAUACGGUCAGAGCCCUGGGGGUGCCCAUUGCUUGCAGCUAUCAUAUAUGGAAGCCGCAACAUCCUUCAGGAUGUCCGAAAUAGAUUUAUUGCAUCAAUCCCAUCCGAAUGUUUUCCAGAGACAAGUUUCAGUUACUUCAAGGAAACCGGUCUUACAGCGAUGCUAGAAUAUAAUUUUGGGUUUUCGUCUUUGAGAAGGUCACUCAUAUCAUACCUUGCAGAGUACGGGGAUCCCGUAUUUUUGGUUGCCGCCAUUCAGCAAGACAAUGAAGACUUGAUUUCCCAAAAUUUCAGCUCGGCCGAUGCCAUUCACAACGCUGUCACUGGAGGUCAUGAGAGUGCGCUUCGAGUGCUUCUUCAUUAUGGGAAAGGGGAUAUCAAUUUUCUGAAUGCAAUAGGCCAAAAUCCUCUUUCUCUGGCCGCACAAUGUGGCAGAACAGAUUUGAUGAAGCUUCUUUUAGUCACAGGCCAAGCUGAUCCUGAUUUAAGAGACAAAGCUGGCCAAACCCCGCUUUCUUUGGCUUCCGAAGGGGGCUACACUGAGGCCAUCAAGCUUCUUCUAGCAACAGGCAAGGUGGACCCCAAUUCAAGGGAUAGAGGUGGAUUUACUCCGCUCUCUCGGGCUGUCAGGUCGGGUGUAACUGAGGCCAUCAGAGUCCUUUUAGCAACAGGCCAAGUAGAUCCUGAUGUAAAGGACAAUUUUAGCAGAUCACCGCUUUAUUUUGCUGUGAUAGGGGGCCAAAUCGAGGCCAUCAAGCUUCUGUUAGCAACAGGUCAAGUCGAUCCUGAUUCAAGAGAUUAUUUUGGCCUAACCCCGCUUUCUUGGGCCGAGAGAAGUCGCUAUAUCAAGGCUAUCGAUCUUCUUUGGAGCAGCAGGCUGAUUAGACAUUGA